GAGGCUACUCUGAGUGGUAGGGCUGGGGUACCCUGGUGAAAAGUGCAAUGCCACCUUCUGCUGGAGCCACUGCCAGAUCUCAGAAGUGUCAUCUGUCUGAUGAGUCAGGCUGUUCCUGGGGUCUGAGAGCAGCGUGUGGAUCUGUGUCUUCUUCUUGCAAGUGAGGGAUCAUGGGAAGUUCUCCCUCGCCUCUGCAGAUCUGUCUUUUUCAGUGCUGAACUACCUUCCAGGUGCUCUGGAGCCAGUAAUUUUGGUUUUCCCGUGAAUGGAAGAAGGGCUGAGUGGUGGAAACAGAAUCUGCGUGUUAUGUCAACAAACAGGGCCCCUAGUUUCCAGGCUGUUUGGCUAAAAGAAAUAAAACUCAAAGAGCUUGUGUUUUAAGUGCUGUAGCCCCAGCAUCCGAGGAGGGCAGCCAGAGGACACGUAACCCUGGGAAGCUGGAUGGCUCCCAGGAAACCCUGAGGAAGCUGGAGCCUGGACAGAGCUGAGCCAGCAGCCGGAGGCGCUCAGCUUCCUGAAGCGCACAAGGACACUGCUGGGCCCCACGCUGCGGCCAAGGCUGCUGCCGCCGCGGGCAGAGGAAGACGCGAAUUAAAGCAAAUUAAAGGGAAUUAGCGCAAUCCGCGCCAUUAGCCACAAGGUGGCCCCAGGCCCUCAGCCUUCGCUCGGGGCGGGCGGCACCCGGCUGAGGGACACGGGGCCCCGGGUCGCGGUGACCCCGCCAUCCUCCUCGCCCUCCCUUCCCCGUUCCCUGGGGGGCUUUUCCCUGAGGACAUCUGCCUCCCACAGGGAGCGGUGAUCCCAGAACGGCGCUCCCAGCUGUGGCACGAACGCGUUUAACUCCUCCAGGCAACGGCAGGUUCCCGAGUUUGGUUUGCCUGGACUUAGUUUCCCUUAGUUUAGUGUUCUUGGAGCCUGGAAACCCGAGGUCUGUGUGGAAAGGAAUCACGGAGUUUGCUGAUGGAGGCUGUGGAAGUCCGAUGAGCAGCAGUGCUGAGGGGAUUUUUUGCAGGGAGGCUCUGAGGCGGUGCAGGUUUAACCUGCGGGAGGGAGCAGCCCUGAGGCGAGGCCUUCACUGGCUCUCCCAGCGUGGCUGUGGAAACCUCAUCUCAUCGCCAGCCUCUCUUCCCUUUUCCCAGCCUGUCUUCCACACAGACUGUGGGACGGAUGGGUUCCUUUCACUAGGCUCCAUGGGUUGCUCCCUUUGGUAGGUCACCUCCCACAUCAAAAUCUCAAGUUUCUGCAUGCCUGCCUCUGGAGAACACCAGGAAGAUGGGAGCUCAGCUGGUUGCCACUAUUUUCAUGGGCAACCUCAAAGCCUCAGAGCUCCAGAUUUCCCUGCUACUACUGUAUUUCAUGGUGCUGUGCAUGAUAUAAGUGUAGUAAAGAGCUGAGAAAUCCAGGGAAAGGCCCUUUUGGAAGAGACCCACAACGUGAGGGAAGAUGGAGCCAACCAGCUGCCCUGCCGCUUGGAAACGGAACUCUCUGAGCCAUGACAAGAGCCCUGUCCAGGGAAGGAGAAUCCAAUGGGGCUGCCAUAUCUCCUGAAGAGAUAAAAAUGGAGGAAAUGGAAGACAGAGGCCAGUGGAGGAACAAAAUGGAGUUUGUGCUGUCUGUGGCUGGAGAGAUCAUUGGCCUGGGAAACGUGUGGAGGUUCCCAUACCUCUGCUACAAGAAUGGUGGUGGAGCCUUCCUCAUCCCUUACCUCAUCUUCCUCUUCACCUGUGGGAUCCCCCUGUUCUUCCUGGAGACGGCGCUGGGGCAGUACACGAGCCAGGGAGGGGUGACUGCCUGGAGGAAGAUCUGUCCCAUCUUUGAAGGAAUUGGAUAUGCCUCCCAAGUAAUUGUGGGAUAUCUGAAUAUCUACUACAUAGUCAUCUUGUCCUGGGCACUCUUCUACCUGUUCAGCUCCUUCACUUCAGUGCUACCGUGGGUCAGCUGCAAUAACCCCUGGAACUCAGAUCUCUGUGUGGACAUUCUGAAUAGAUCCAGCCUGGACAACAGGACCUUGCCUGCGAACAGCACCUCCUCAAUGAUUGAGUUUUGGGAGAAGCGAGUGCUGGGGCUCACGGAUGGUAUUCACAACCUGGGCGCUGUGCGCUGGGAGCUGGCUCUGUGUCUCCUGCUGGCGUGGAUCAUCUGCUACUUCUGCAUCUGGAAAGGGGUCAAGUCCACAGGCAAAGUCGUUUACUUCACUGCCACCUUCCCAUAUAUGAUGCUCCUCAUCCUGCUGGUUCGAGGGGUCAUGCUGCCAGGGGCUGCUGAGGGCAUCAUUUUCUACUUGAAGCCAGACAUCUCCAGGCUGGCAGACCCACAGGUCUGGAUGGAUGCAGGCACUCAAAUCCUCUUCUCUUAUGCCAUCUGCGAGGGGUGCCUGACAGCUCUGGGCAGCUACAACAAAUACACCAAUAACUGUUACAGGGACUGCAUCAUGCUCUGCUCCCUGAACAGUGCCACCAGCUUUGUUGCUGGCUUUGCCAUUUUCUCUGUGCUGGGCUUCAUGGCUCGAGAGCAGGGCGUGCCUAUUUCAGAAGUGGCUGAAUCAGGUCCUGGCCUGGCUUUCAUAGCAUAUCCAACAGCAGUAACAAUGAUGCCUGUGUCUCAGCUCUGGUCCUGCCUCUUCUUCCUCAUGCUGAUCUUCUUGGGACUGGACAGCCAGUUUGUCUGUGUGGAAAGCAUGGUGACAGCUAUUAUUGACAUGUUCCCAGGAGUGUUUCGGAAGAAAGGGCGUCGGGAGCUGCUGAUCCUGGCCAUUGCAGUCAUAGGCUACUUGCUGGGCUUAUUGCUGGUCACUGAGGGUGGCAUGUACAUCUUCCAGCUCUUUGACUACUAUGCUGCCAGUGGCACAUGCCUGCUCUUCCUGGCUAUUUUUGAAGUCAUCUGCAUAGGAUGGGUGUAUGGUGCCAACCGUUUCUAUGACAACAUUGAGGACAUGAUUGGUUACCGGCCGUGGCCCUUGAUCAAGAUAUGCUGGCUGGUGUUCACCCCGGGUCUGUGCUUGGGUAUCUUCCUGUUUUCCCUGAUCAAGUACACACCCUUGAAAUACAACAAUUUCUAUGAGUACCCACCCUGGGGCUACACAUUAGGCUGGCUGAUGGCACUCUCCUCCAUGGUCUGUAUUCCUCUCUAUGCCAUCUUCAUCCUCCUGAAAACCAAAGGACCUCUGAAACAGAGACUGAGGCAGCUGAUUUCCCCAGCAGAGGAUCUCCCGCAGCCAAAGAAGAAGCACGUGGUGAGGCCGUCCGAUCUGAGGCGUGAGGGAUGGUCACCUCCAGCCCAGGAGCUGCUCAGCACCACAGAGAGAGAAACCCACUUCUAAGGCACCU